GUUAUGACAAGUUUAAUUCUCUCAAGCUAUUUUGGAGGAAGUCAGCGGAGUAGUUUAUCCUCUACUGUAUAGGUUCAUUGAAACCGUUAAGGUCUCCUAACAUUUCAAGACAUUCAUCAUCACAACUGAGGAGGCAAGUUGUUGUUUUGGUCUAAGAUUACCUGGGUUCAUUUCUGCAAUUAUGUCUUCCCCUGGUAAAACAGGGGCUAUUUCAAGAAGACUUUCAAGAACAAAAAGCAAGAAAAAACAUUUUGUGCAUCAAAAAGUGGAGAUAUUCUGGGCCAGCGACCCCGUCCUGACUGUGUUUAUGUGGGGCAUCAAUCACACGAUAAAUGACCUGUUCCAAGUGCCAAUGCCAGUAAUGCUACUUCCAGAUGACUUCAAAGCCAACAUUAAAAUGAAAGUCAACAACCAUUUAUUCAACAAGGAAAACCUCCCUGGACAUUUUAAGUUUAAGGAGUACUGCCCACUUGUGUUCCGGAAUCUGAGAGAGAGAUUUGGAGUUGAACAUCAAGAUUAUCAGGUUUCUCUAACGCGUAGUCCUCCAGUUAAGGAAUGCAAGAGUCAGGAAGCGGGAUUGUUGCUGACAUCAUAUGACUGCACAUUAAUUGUCAAGCAAAUCUCCAGUGAGGAGGUGGAGGACAUGCACAACAUCCUUUCAGAAUACCACCAGCACAUUGUAACGUGCCAUGGUAGCACACUCCUUCCCCAAUUCCUCGGCAUGUACCGUGCCACUGUGGACAAUGAAGACACGUACCUUUUAGUCACGAGGAACAUGUUCAGCCACCGACUAACUGUCCACAGAAAAUAUGACCUCAAGGGCUCGUUGGUUUCUCGAGAAGCAAGCGAUAAAGAAAAGGUAAAAGAGCUGCCUACCUUCAAGGAUGUAGACUUCAGAAACAACAUGCAGCGAGUCUACAUCAGUGAAGAGGAGAAAGAAAAGCUAUUGGAUAAACUGAACAGGGAUGUAGAGUUUCUUGUGCGUUUGAAGAUCAUGGACUACAGCCUGCUGCUGGGCAUUCAUGAUGUCGGGAGGGCAGAGCAAGAAGAAGAGGUGGAAAUGAAAGACUCUUUAAGUGAAGAGGAGGAGGAUUCAGAGAAUGACCUGUGCCUUACAGCCGUGGGGUCUUUCGGCUCGUCCCCUGAGGGCAUCGCAGGGUACAUGAGCUCUUAUAAACCUCUCGGUCCAGGAGAGUUUGACCCUUAUGUUGAUGUGUAUGCCAUCCAGAGCGCAGUUGGUGCCCCACACAGAGAAGUGUACUUCAUGGGUCUUAUAGACAUUUUGACCCAGUAUGAUACCAAGAAGAAAGCAGCCCAUGCAGCGAAAACAGUCAAGCAUGGAGCUGGCGCUGAGAUCUCUACAGUUCAUCCUGAACAAUAUGCCAAGCGGUUUCGAGAAUUCGUGGCAAAUAUCUUUGCCUAUUGAGAGCAUUUUAAAUCUAGAGGACAAAAAGAACAUUGAUUGACAGCUAGUGGUUUGAACGAUUACCGCAUUAUUAAAUUAUUUCAGAAUCAUUAUUUAAUUAUUAAA